UUAACGUUAACCAAAACCCUUUGAUUUUGUUUUUCGCUUUCACCAAAAAGAAAAAAGAAAUGGCUAGACUCGCCGUUGCGUUCACGGUAAUUUUCCUCUUCACCUUCUCAUCUCACGCCCGCUUUCUCACAGCUGAACAGGAACAUGACGUCACCCUCGAAGAAACCGAGACCAAGUUACCGGAAUCCAACCCUAAAACCACAAACGCCAUCUUUCUCCCUAGCGAGAAACCAGGGUUCGAAUCCGCCGAAGUAGUUGAUUUCAAGCCCGAUGAUGCCUUGGAAACCGUCUCAGAGGUGGAUUCGGCUCCGUUGACAAAGAUCAGUUUCCGUCCUGUAAACCGUCACUUCCCCAGGCGUCCCAUGAUUCCGUUCCGUCACAAACACAACUGCCGUUUCCACAAACGGUUCAGGCCUUUGAACCCGCGGUUACAGCAGAAGCGCUAUAUUUCUUACGGUGACGAUAUGAUUUUGUCCGACGAGAAGUCUCAAUUUGACCCGGAGUCACGCGGUGUGGUUCGCCAGAUCCAGCCGAGAUGGGCCAGGUUUCGCGAUGAUGGCACCGAGUCUGAGGAUCUAGAUUUUAUAAAGCCUCAUCACCACGACCACGACCACGACCACGACCACGAACACGAACACGAACACGAUCAUGAUGACCAUCACCACCACCACCACCAUCACCACCGCCGCCAUCACCAUGGAGAGGAAGACGAGAAGGAUGAGAGGGAGGAGCACGAGGGCGGGUUCAUGAGGAGGUUUCGCAAGUUUUUUAUUCAUUUUUGAAGACAUCAUGCAAAUCUAAUCUAUGUUUACUAGCUUUGAGGUAUGGGCAUUUCGGUGUCCGUUGUUAUACAUUGUAAAUAAGAUCGCAUCCGUUGGGAUGAAGAACAUGGUUUUAUGUCUUCGUAUUUCCUUGUAUAAUAGUACUACACAGGACUAAAUUUACGAGAUCAUUGAGUUUUCUUUCUUUUUCA